AUGUCGUCGUCGGCACAUCACCCGCACGACGGCAGCGCCGCAUCCACCUCGGAUGCCCACCUCAACUCGCCUCCUCCGCUUCCAGCACAGCCGCAAGCCCACCACAGCAGUCCACCAUCCAUCGAUCUCGAUCUCGAUCUCGAUACCCCCGCUCUGCCUCCAGCUGCCCUCUUGCCUCCCGAUGUACCUCCACCACCGCGCAGGCCACUCAAUCGCCAAGAUGCGCUCAUGGACGAUGCUCUUCGCYCCCUCCCUCCCGCCGCUGAGCGCAAUACCCACCGCCACAAAUCGCCCGCUACUGUGCUCUCCAUGUUCAACGCCAACACCUUUGCCGCCGCCUCUCCAACUCCUCCUCCUCCUCCCCCGCAGCAGCAACAUACCCAAUCGUUCGCCUAUCCGCCGCCCACUGCAUCCUCCUCCAGAGCACUGCAGCGCACCAUCACCUCAAACACCGUCAGGAGUGCACGCAGCGUCGGCAGCGACUCCACCAGCUCCUCCCAUCGUCACAGGCUCAACCCCAUCCGAACAGCCUUCACAAAGGUGGCCAACCUCGCCACGCCCAUGAGCCCAAAGCACAUGCCCUCCUCCGCCACCAUGUCGCCCACUCUCGACCGCAAACGCUCUUCCAUCGCACAUGCCACCUCCGUUCAAAAGACAAAAGAGGCUCGUAGAGCCGCCCGCAGAGAGGCAAGGCGCGCAGAACGUCGUCUUCGCCGCCAGCGCGACGCCGAACUACAACUGGCAGACGAUGAGCACGAUCCGCCACAGUUCAGCCCACGUCCAGCCCACGCCGCACAGUUGGGCGAUGAGAUCGUCGAGCUACCAGCAGAGCCGCCCUUGGACGUCCCCGAAGCAAACGCUCCCACCGCCACCGCGCUAGCCAUGGCUUCCAAGGUCGGACGCAAGCCAAAGCGCAAGCUUCAGUUCGCGCCCGACCAGAGACGCAUCCGCAAGGUUGACUUGCCAGACAGCUUCGAGGCAGACGAUACCUACCGAAACCUCGACCAGUACGUCGCCGACUCCCGCCAGCGCAGACGCACCCAACGCGGCCGUCGCGGCCGUCGCGGUGCCAGACGCCGUGGUUCGCGCUCCCAACGCGGCUCUCGCAGCAGCCGUGCCAGCCGCAGCUCGGCUCGCAGCAGCGCAUCGGGCGCUUCCAGCAGCUCCUCCUCCAGCUCCUCCUCGUCCUCCUCAUCCAGCUCCUCUUCCUCCUCCUCGUCUAGCUCCGGUUCCGGCCAUGGCAUCACCAUCGCCCGUCUACGAGCUUUCUUUGGCGACGGCUCCAGCUCCUCCUCCAGCUCCGACUCGGAUGACUCUUCGUCCUCCUCCUCCUCCUCGUCUUCAUCCUCUUCCUCUACAUCCUCCUCAUCAAAGAGCUCCUCAAGCAGCUCCGGCGGCACGCGCUCCAGGAGAUCCUCGUCUCGCCGCCUCUCCUUCUCAAACAAACGAGCCGCCAAAUCGCGACGCACUACCCGCUCCCGCGUCCGCGGCGAUCAGUCCGAGGCGAGCGAUGCACCCGGCUCACCCAUAUCGCACCGCAGGGCGCCGCUCACCCCCUACUUUGGGCCGCUCACCGACUUUCCUCUCGGCAAAAAGGCCGCAGAGAGGCGCCAGAACAAAAAGGCAAGGCAGGCUGCGCGCCGCGCCAAGAAGCGCGAGGCACAGCUCAUCCGUCAGGGUCGAUUGCCGCCCAAGCCGAGCCGCAGUGCACGCGCCAAAGCCAUGCGUGCAAAGGAGCUCGCAGGUGGCGUCACCGAGUACCAGCUCUUCACGCCAAUGCGCUUGCCCAUGGAUCUCGCCUGCACCGCCCUCCCCACACUCGAACCUACCCCGGAUCCACAGUCCGGCACCUCGGUCGUUCUCAAAAAGACCAUGAGGACGCAGAGCUGGGAGCAGGCGCGCAAUCAGCUUUACGUGCUUCGCAACCAUCUCAGACAGAUCGACUCGCACGGCGGCGACAUUGGCCUCGACCCGCAGGCCGCAUACCCCAUCCUUCAUCGUCACCAACGCCACGCUGCCAAGGCUAAGCCCGACCGUGGCUCCCACCACCAUCAUAGAGCGAGGAAGGCAACUCCCAAGGGCCAUAUUCCGCAAGCGGUACCAGAGGCACCGGAAGAGGACUUUGACCUUCUGGAUGGCGAUCUCGCUCUCCCACCUCCUGCACUCGAUCUACCCGAGGGCACGAUUGAGGCCGAGGCGGCGUCGGCCAAUCAAGGCAAUGAAAGACCUGGCGGGUCUGGCUCCUACAGACGCUCGUCGCCUGAAGAAGACACGACACCCUACUUUCACUACGACCGCCAUCUGCCAGCCGAUCAAGAAGAAGAGGCUCGAACCGGCCGCCAUCUCUCCGACAUGCCGCUCAGUCCGCACUAUGCCACCGUGUUCGGCAAGGACUUUGGGCGUCAGCCGCAUCCCUUCCUGCCCGAGCCAUCCUCCUCGGCGCGUCAGAGGAGCUCGGGUCGAGGUGCCGGAUCGGAUCCUGCAUCGCAUCCCGUCGACGCCUCGCGGCCACACACUCCGCACAUGCAGCGAGACGGCAAUCACGCCAAAACGGGCGCGUCGGGCGCAUCGAGCGAAGCACCGGAUCACGGAGCAUGGUGGCUUCACGUUCACUGUCCGACGUACCGCGACAUGCACGAGAUCUCCAAGCUGUUCCCCAUGCACCCGCUUACCGUCGAGGACGUCUUGCAGCAGGACCCGCGCGAGAAGGUCGACGUGUUUGACCGCCUCGGCUACUACUUUGUCGUCAUCCGCGCCAUCGACGAGCGGUACUUCCGAUACACCUCCACCGCCGCCAAAGGGUCGCCGGGAUCUCCGAACUUUGCGAGCACAUCGUCCAGCACCACAGUGCACGGUGAGGCCGAGGGCAAGACCGACACGAGCGAAGCGGAUGGGCAAGGCGAAGGCCAGAGCUUUGAAAUGCGCGAGCUUGGCGCGCAGAAAGCGGGCGACGACGGGGCGGGUGGUGAAUCGCCUCCCGACGGCCAUCGAACGCGACUGGCCGCACCGGCGCGGCUGGGCAAGGGCCGUGUGGAGAUCGUCGAGGGCAUCGGCGGCAAAGAGGGUCUGGAGGGUGUCAGUGUGGGUGCCAACAAUCUGUACCUGCUGGUGUUUUCGCACGGCGUCGUGUCGUUUGCAUUCGAGGAUGUGAGCAAGCACAUCAAUCGUGUGGCUGCGCGGCUGCUCGAGAUCACGCGGCCGGUCGAGCUGACUGCGGACUGGAUCGCACACGAUCUGUACGACUCGGUGGUGGAUGCCUUUUUCCCGCUCAUCUCGUUUGUGCAGUCCGAGGUGGUGGAGGUGGAGGAGCUGGCUAGCGAGCCGGUGAGCACGAGUCGCAGUCGCAAGACCAACAACUUUGCCCCCAAGCAGCGUCGACAGCGUGCUCUGCUCGGAUCCAACCCGGAAGGGAGGCUGAUUAGCGUCGAGCCGGUUUCUCCGCUAUCCACUGGGUUGGAGGUGGAGAAGCGGAUGCCGAUGCUCGAGGUACGACGACUCAAGACGGUGCGUGCGGUGCGCUUCUUGCCCGUGCUGCGACUGGGAGAGGGCGUGUUGAAUCGGCUUCCACGCGUGCUGGUGAAGCAGCGACAGAAGGUGACCAUCUCGCGACUGCCCGAGUGGGAGUUCAAAGACACGCUCGAGGCCGAGAUGCGGCGUACGGCGGCCGAGAUCGACGAGGCGAGCAACUCGGUGUUCGACACACAGGCGGCGGCGGAUCAGAGCAUCAUGCUGCACCGCAUCGCCGACACGCGCAAGAUCGUCACGGGUCUGUCGCGGUUGCUCGGUCCCAAGAACGAUGCGGUCAAAGGCCUGCGUAAGCGGCUUUCCGACAUGCAGCAGCUCCAGCGUCGAGCCGAGGGAGCCAGACGGGUUGGAGGAAAUAGUCGCAACCUGCUGGCAAGGACGGAGGUUAGCAUGUACAUGUCGGAUGUGCAUGACCACAUCAUCUCCAUGCUCCACCAGCUCAACUCGGGUGAAGGACGACUGUCCGAGAUCCACCACACCUACCUCGCGCAGAUUACGAUCGAGAACAGACGGUUCCGACAGGGUGCAGAUGCUGCCAUCCUGUUUCUGGCGGGGAUUGGUACGACCGUGUUCACGAUCGUCUUUAUCACCUCCAUCUUCUCGGUCAACGUCACCAGGCCGCAGAACAAAGAGGGCACACAUCAUCUCGCCUGGUUCGGUGGCAUCGUGGGUACCGCCGCGCUGGUGCCGUUUGUCAUCUACGCCUACAUCCGCGUCUGCUGGAUCAAGAGCAAACAACGCCUCGCCAACAAGCGCGCCGCCAGAUAG